AUGGACCGCGACGGCGACGACGCCGCGCGCUUCGCUUGCCUCGCGUCCACGGCCGUGUCCGGACACGAACGCCUGAAACUCCUCGAGCGCGGCGUCGCGGGUCGAGGCCUCGCGGUGUUGUCCGGUGCCGACGAGUCCGAAGACGCGCACGUCGCGAAGAUCUCCCCGUCGUCGACGCUGUGGACGCGGAUGUACGAUGACGAUUACGUGAACGAGACCGUCCCGGGAUGGGACGUCCGCCUCGCGGUGAUGCUCCUGCGCGCCAUCGCCGGGAACGACGAGAGCGCGACCUUCGACUGGCGCGCGUAUCGCGCGUUCCUCCCUCGUCUGGACGAGCUCACGCACCUCGGAUGCUUCGACGACGCGGAGGCGUCCGUGCUGUCCCCAUGGUUCGCGGAGGAGCGAAAUCAAAUACGACGAGCGUGGGACGACGCGUACGCGACCGCGAUGGCGUCGCGCGCGCUGCCGCCGGGGACAACAGGCGAGGAGUUUCGGUGGGCGGCCGCGAUCGCGAGGACGCGCGCGUUUCGUCUGCCGCCGCCGCCGCCGUCGUCGUCGUCGCGGAUCGUCGACGCGGACGUGGCCGUCCUCGUGCCGAUUCUGGACAUGGCGAACCACGCGUCGGACGGGUCCGAGACCGUCCGGUGGACGGAGGCGACGAACGGAGAGGAGCCCGCGAUCGCGCUCUUCCCGACGCGUCGCGGCGGCGCGGACGCGGACGCCGCGAACGCGCCGCCGUCGCCGCCGCGGUGGCGCGAGGUUUGCCUGUCGUACCUCCCCAAGGGCUCGAACGAAGACCUGUUCCGCGCGUUCGGCUUCGUCGAGCGAGGGAACCCGCACGACGCGCUGCCGAUUUGGGUCGAGUGCGCGUGCGAGCGGGAGGUCGGCCGCACGCGCGCUGCCCCCCGCGGCCGCGCGCGACCGCGCCGCGUCACGCUUCUCGCCGCAGCGGGUCUGAAGCAGAACAAGCGCACCGGCGCGCUGCGUUUCGCGGACGUGAACGACGCGGACGAUCUCGGGGAGGAAAGGGCGGAGCGUCGCGUAGCCGCGACGCGCGCGCUCCUGGCGUUCUCGACGCGGGGCAGCGUUCCCGAGCGCGAGCGUCAGGGCGUCGGCGGGCGAACGCUUCGCCGCGUGCUCGAAGACGCGCUCGACAUUGCGCUCCAAAACGAAAACGAGUUCGACCGCGCGUAUUUCGAAGACGCGACCGUAGCGGACAUGCGCGUGGUGCACAGCGAUCGCGUGCACGCGGCUCGCGCGCAUCUCCGCGAACAGACGCUCUUGAUCGCCGCCGCCGUCGACGUGCUGCACUUGUACAAGGACCACGAGCGCGCGUCCGCGGCGGCGCCCGGAAGAUAG